GCCACCUCCGGCUCGCCGUGGAACGGGCCGAGCCCGGAACUCGGCCGCUGCCGGGCGGCCGCGUAAGAUGGAGGCGGGGGAGCGAGGCGCGGGCGGCCGGGCGGGCAGCAGCGCGGACAGCCUGGCCGAAGAGGAAGACGACGAGGACGAGGAGGUUCCCGGCAGCGGCCGCUCCAGCCGCACCUCGUCGCUGGUCAGCGGGCUGCUCACCGAGCUCUACAGCGCCUCCGAGGUGGCCGCUCCUCCCCGCGUCCUGCGGGAGCUGCAGCAGCAGCGGCCGAGCCGCGCCGAGUACCUGCGGCUGAAAGAUGUGGAUGAAUUGACAACUAUAAAACGGGAACUGAAUUACAGGAUUUCUGUUCAGUCUGCGAAGUUACUUCAUCUUCUGAAGCUGAAAGACAGGCUUGUGCAUAAAGUCCAGAAGAACUGCGACAUUGUCACAGCGUGUUUACAGGCAGUUUCCCAGAAACGACGAGUUGAUACAAAAUUGAAAUUUACUCUUGAGCCAUCUUUAGGUCAAAAUGGUUUUCAGCAGUGGCAUGAUGCACUCAAAGCAGUGGCCAGGUUGCCAACAGGCAUACCAAAAGAAUGGCGGCGAAAGGUUUGGCUGACCCUAGCUGACCAGUACUUGCAUAGUAUAGCCAUUGACUGGGAUAAAACAAUGCGUUUCACAUUCAAUGAAAGAAGUAAUCCUGAUGAUGACUCUAUGGGCAUCCAGAUAGUAAAGGACCUUCACCGAACCGGUUGCAGUUCUUACUGUGGCCAGGAGGCGGAGCAAGAUCGAGUGGUAUUAAAACGAGUUUUGCUGGCUUACGCCAGGUGGAAUAAAUCUGUUGGCUAUUGUCAGGGCUUUAACAUACUUGCUGCACUCAUUCUGGAAGUAAUGGAAGGCAAUGAGGGAGAUGCCUUGAAAAUUAUGAUUUACCUAAUUGAUAAGGUGCUUCCUGAUAGUUAUUUUGUCAAUAAUCUCCGUGCUCUCUCUGUGGAUAUGGCUGUUUUCCGAGAUCUUUUACGAAUGAACCUUCCUGAACUGUCCCAACACUUAGACACCCUGCAAAGAGCUGCUAACAGAGAAAGUGGAGGAGGUUAUGAACCCCCUCUUACAAACGUCUUCACGAUGCAAUGGUUUCUGACCCUCUUUGCCACUUGCCUGCCUAACCAUACCGUUCUGAAGAUCUGGGAUUCAGUAUUCUUUGAAGGCUCUGAAAUUAUACUGAGGGUAGCUCUGGCUAUUUGGGCAAAGUUAGGAGAGCAAAUAGAGUGUUGUGAAACCGCGGAUGAGUUUUACAGUACCAUGGGCAAGCUGACCCAGGAGAUGCUGGAAGACAGUCUGAUUGAUAGCAAUGAACUCAUGCAGACUGUUUAUACCAUGGCUCAGUUUCCCUUCCCACAACUGGCAGAAUUAAGGGAGAAAUACACUUACAACAUUACUCCUUUCCCUGCGACAGUAAAGUCAACUUCACUUUCAGGAAGGCUAGGCAGAACUAGAGACAGUGAUGAGGAGAAUGAUCUAGAUGAUGAAGACUCCAUUGCCAAUGCAAUUGGCUGCCUUGGACCGUUAAGUGGCUUUUUGGCACCAGAGCUCCAAAAAUACCAGAAACAGAUGAAAGAUCAAAAUGAAGAACAAAGCCUGGGCUCCAGUAACAUUGCAGAACUUAGUCCUGGAGCAAUAGACUCUUGCCGAAGCGAGUAUCAUGCUGCUUUUAACAGCAUGAUGAUGGAGCGUAUGACCACUGAUAUCAAUGCACUGAAAAAGCAGUAUUCCAGGAUAAAGAAGAAACAGCAACAGCAGGUUCACCAUGUGUAUAUCAGAGCAGGAUCUGAAGAUGAUGACCCUGGGAUAUUUUUAGGUCCCAGGGACCAGCUGAACAAUGACAAAGGGCCGGUUACCAGCCUCCUCCCUUCUCAGGUAAACCAUUCCCCAGUGAUAAACCACCUCCUUUUAGGAAAGAAGCUGAAAUCAAGUAACAGAUCUCUCAAGAAUGCUGUUAUCCACAUUCCAAGUCAUGCUACAGGGAAGAUGUCUCCCAUUCCCCAAGAAGAUCUUAAAUCAAAACUGAACUCUCCGUGGCGCACUCACAUACGAGUUCAUCGAAAGAAUAUUGCUAGGGCUAAAGGCCAGCUGGGCUAUGGGGAUACCAUAGGUCUUAUAGAUGAGCAGAGUGAGAGCUGUAAAACGAAUGGUCCUGGUGCAAAGGAGGACGCUUCCAAACAUUCUGAUUUUGGGGAAGAAGGAGGUAGCUUGGAUGACAGGACUACUCGAAAAGCUGACCAGCAGUCUGCUGAUGCAGUCUCUAUGGACAGCAAUACAGACAUGACAGUGGUUCAGCUAAAGCUGGAAACGCUGGAACUCACCUCAGAUAACAAAACUGAUGCUGAGUCAACAUCCAGUCAGUCUUGCCAGCCACAUAUAUCUGAGUCGUCUAGUUCAUCCAGUGACAGUGGAAACCUGGCUAAAUCUCCCCAGCCUGGUAAUUCAAAGCCACAAGUCUUCAAUCCUUUUCCCAGUGUCAAGCCUCUUCGAAAGUCAGCUACAGCCAGGAAUUUAGGGCUGUAUGGCCCCACUGAAAGAACACCGACUGUACACUUUCCCCAGAUGAGCAGAAGUUUCAGUAAGUCAGCCAGUGCUAACAGUGGGACCAGGAAACGAUGAUGUACCACAUGGCACUUUCUAUUUCUGACAGAAACAAAAUUUGUAUUGCUUUUUUAAAUUUUAUUUUAUUAUGUUUGUGUGUUUGUGUGUCCCGAAGAGUUUCUAAUCUUUACCUAAUGAGGACAAAAGUGGUUACCAGAUGUAUAAUUUUGUGUCUUUGAAAAUUGUGCUCCCGUGUUGCUAUGGGAUAGAUUAGUGAAGAGGCAAUUUGGCACCCUGUUGCCAAUUUGAAUGUUUCUGUGGUAAAAUAAACCUUGAUUUGCAGCGUGAAGCAUACUAUUUUGUAAAAUCACCAGCUGCCUUUAACCCAUAGGCCUCAAUGGCUGCCUCUUGUUUCUUUCAAAGCUGUGAGGACAAACUGUCUGCCUGGUGCAGCAAAACCCUAAUGCAGUUUUAAAAACUGUUCUGCAGCCUCCUGGUUAGACUUCUUCGUCGUGCUGAGUAACUGGAGAAGCCACAACUAACAAAAGCACAAGCAGCCCUCGCAAUCAAAAGUAUCACUUUCACUGUUGAACAUGGACAUGUGUUUAUAUUGGACCGUGUGGCUUCAACCGUUCUCCAAUUGCAUGUCGUGCCUCUCUUCCCAUGACGGUCCUCUGCUGAUAAUGUUUUAAAUAUAAAUGUAAAUCAGUGGGUGUGAGAAUAACAGACAUAAGUCCAUCCACAGCACUGGUUUGCUCCUUUUCUUUUGCAUAUAAUGGCCGGGGAGUUGCAGCACUGCAAAAUUAGGUAUAAGGUGCAACUAUAUGUAAAGUUGUGUUGAAUGUUAUGACACAUCUUGGCUUUAGUGGAUGUAAAAAUUAUUACCUAGAUUACAAUCAGUUUUGUAAUUAAAUCAUAUUUGCCUGCUUAGCAGUAGGUAAAAUACAUGAAUGUUCCAAAGUAGUUUAGAAGUUAAAAUUCUAUAAAUAGAGUAGUAAGAUACUUAGGGUGCCACUUGUCAUUAAAACCAAGCACAUCAGCCACUAUGUUAGUGGAUUGGACCCUUUGAACUGCCACGAGUUCCUUGCAUGGUUCUGGCUUGCUGCGAAACAGCAAUGGCUAAGCUAUAAGCUGAAUAUUGACUUCCCAGUCAAUCCCUUUUGCCAGUUUCUUAGAAAGUUAUCUCAAAUGCCUGACUUUUGAUACAUGUCCCCCACUGAAGUUUUGCAAAGCUGAUAAAUACCAUGAGACAAACAAUGUUUAUGUGUGUAUAUAUAAAUAUAAGCAGGUAGGCAGAGAUACUAAAUGUGGAUAAUUCAGCUUUGGGGUUGCAAAAUCAAGUACUCAAACUCCAGCAAAUCAGGUUGCUCUUAAAAGAUUACAGCUCUGCCGUACUGUAUGCAUUGAUUGUGAUUAGUGACCUUAUUUCUUCCAAGUUUCUCAUGAUGUGAAACUGUCCUGACUUUAAGCUGAUGUUAAGGCAGUAAUGACGAAUCAAUCCCAUUGUAUCUAUUUCCUCAUUUAAAAUUCUUUGUUAAAUUUGGAAAUUAAUAUAUUGUUGUCUAUUUAUUAAUGUAUCCCAUGACUUUUAGGAUGUGAUAUCAAUUUUAGCUGUACAAUAGACCCUGUUUAUUGUUGUGGGGACAAAUUUAUUUCACUGUUGUAUUUUAUACAGGUGUAUGCAUAUAGAAUAGUAUACAAGUAUGAACAUUACGAAUUUUAAACAGUUAUAGAUCAGAUCUUUCCCCUGCCUUAUUUCAGGUUACAUAGUGUUGUUGCUAAUGAUUAUUUGUAGCAUUAAGUAAAUUUAAAAUAAUGUAGAAUUUAGUCACUAAUCAUGGACUGUAUGAGAAUUGUUUCUGCCUUGAUUUAAAAGAAAUGCACUUCUUUUCAAAAUUUUACUGUGAAUCAUUCUCCCCAUUUUUACUGAGCUUUAGCAUAUCAUGCAGCUGUGUAUGGAACCAGUGAAAAAUAAAAGGAUUGUCAUUCUGAAAAACUAAAAUGUUACAAAUACGUGCAUGAAUUUUCGACACGUUAAGAUGUAAUGGAAAAUUAGCAAGCUUUGCACAGAUGAUGAUCUGAGGAAAGAAACACCAAUAAAAGAUUAAUUCUGAUGAUUCAGACCUUA